AUGGACGUUAAGUGCCAAGGUUGUUUGAACAUCACCACUGUUUUCUCUCACGCCCAAACUGCUGUCACCUGUGACAACUGCUCCACUGUUUUGUGUUCGCCAACCGGUGGUAAGGCCAAGUUGACUGAGGGCUGUUCUUUCAGAAGAAAGUAA